AUGCUGCAAGAAGAAGAAGCUUUAUCCGUCUCUUUCUUUGAAUCUCCACAAUUUCAACCAUCUGUUUUGGCAAGCCCAGAAAUCCCAGAAGUUAGUCAAUCCGCUUCAUUUACUACAGAUUCCUUAAACAACAUUAAUCCUUGGGAUCCUCCUCAGCCCGAGACUUCAACUAUUUUGGCCGAUGUCCUAUUGCCUGAAGUUUAUAAUAAUGCUUUUAUGCAAGCGGCGCCAGUCGGAGGGUCAAUUUCUAUUUCUGCCUUGAAUAAAAUUUUAUGCAUUAGUGGACUGCCUCACGCGACGAUUGAAAAAAUUAUAAACCUGGCUGCUGCGGCAAAUAGCACUCGUGUAAAUCGUGGAGAAUUUAACAUAGCUCUCGCACUAACGGCGUUGGCACAAAAGAAUAUGGAUGUUUCAAUUGAGACAUUAAUUGAGAGAAAAGAUGAUCUCCCGGAACCAAUUUUGGCAAAUUUAGGGAGCCUUAAUUUCAAUCGUGAUUUAAAUUCCCUUUCUGCUUCACGUCCUCCACCAAUGCCUCUGCAAGCCGAUGACCCGUGGGCUAUGCCUUCUACAAAUAUGCAAAAUCCUGCAUAUCCUCAACAGACAAAUUUUCCUAUAAAUAACAACAUUAGUGCUCCUGCGAUUAUUACCACGUUGCCUAGCGAAGACGAAUUCCAGUGGUUUUUUGAUAUGGAUCUUAUUACAGUAAAGAUCGCGCCAGAAAGAGACGGUUUUCUAUUUAAACAUGUAAAUUAUAUUAUCGAAUCACGGCGACAUCAAGCGAUAGUUACAAGAAGAUAUAGUGAUUUUUGGUGGCUAAUGGAAUGCUUAGUAAAGAAAUAUCCUUAUCGUAUAUUACCUGAUCUUCCACCAAAAAAGAUUGGAGUUAACGGAUUUUAUUUCACAGUUGAUGAAUCUUUUUUGGAAAAACGACGGAAAGGAUUGGCACGCUUUUUGAACUUUAUUUCGAGGCAUCCAAUAUUAAAAGAUGACCAAUUGGUAGAAAUGUUUCUCAAAGAACAAAUAGAAAUAGCAGUGUGGCGUCGGACAAAUUCACCGGAUCUGGAAGAAGAAUACCUUAAGAGGAAGAUUACACCUGAGAUGGAGCGGCGUAUACCUGAAGAUUUAGAUAAAAGAUUAGAAAAAGUUGUGAAAAAAUUAGAUGAUACUGUCGAACAUUACAGAAAUAUGUGUAAUAUAAUGGAGCGUAUCGCCCGUCGUCAAGAAGGCAUGGCAAUCGAUUAUAUGCGAUAUCACUUGGCCUUAAACUCUUUGAUAGAAAAAGAAAAGGGAUGCUAUAUUGAAGAUUGUUAUAAUUGUUCACAAGUAGUGCAAGGGUUGGAGCAUGUAUCAAAUCAUUUCCAAACAACAAGCACUAUCAUGGAAAAUGCGUCGGCGGCAACGCUUGAAUCCGUUUUAGAAAAUUUAAAACGUCAACGUGAUCUUCUUGUUUCCUUUAGAGAAACUUUCGAGCGAAAAGAACGGUUAUCUAUAGAUACGAUUGAUUCCAUCAAUACUCGAAUAAUAUCUCAAGAAGCUCGCAUUGCGUCAUUAUCUUCUGGUGAUCAGGAAGCAGAAAAAUUAAAAACUUCUAUUCAAAAGGACAAGGAAGAGAUCGAACACCAACGAAUGCGAAAGAUCUUUAAUUUUGUAAACGAUCAAAUCAAAUACUCGCAACAACUUUACGAAAAUUGGAAAUCAUUGAGUCCCAAAGUAUAUGAAAUGCCCAUUGAAACAAACGGAUUUAUUUAA